UAUAAUUAUAUUUGAGUGGUUCUAUAAUUAGAGCAGAGCCAGUAAUAAUGGUGCUGAAUAAACUCACUUUGAAGGUGUUGCCAUCAGUUGUUUUGCUUGUUUUGCUUGUAGUGCUAUGGUAUUUACCAAAGUUGCACUUUACGGUGGCAAAAGCUUACAAGCCCUUGACGGAGCCGGGGAUCAUGAAUGAGCAAGCCAAUGUUAUUGAACACUCAAAUUUAAAGGAUAUAACGACUGAAAAAACAAGACUCACUACGGCGGUCACACCAACUCGCUUUAUCUAUCUAACACAAACAGAAAACUGUAUUCCAGCUGAUCUAAAGUCUCCCGAAGUGAUUGGUGACUCUGAAGCAUGUCAGUGUGAUGUUAUCAUCCUCAGUUACAAAAAGAAGUGCGAUGACACGUCAUUGCCUCAUGUCCAAUACUUGUUCAACUCUAGUAAGUCUACAACCUGGACUGUUGGAAGAAACUUGCUUUACGAAGCAGCCAAGGAAAGAAAAGAAACGUACAUCCACUACAUUUUCAUGGACGACGAUGUUAAACUACAUUUAAUAUCAUCGGACAAACAGAAUCCAUGGAGGAUGUAUGAAGAGUCUCUCAAGACCUUCCAACCAGCUGUAGUUAUCAUCCAAUAUCACAAUAAGAAGUACUCCAAAGAAAUUUUUCCUGAGCGAGUGAAUUGUGAACCCACACGAUACGUACAAAUAUAUUUCAUGGAUGCUAUCUUCAACGCCUUUCACUAUCAAGCAAUUGACUACAUACUUCCAUACACAACAACAUUAGAUUCAGUAAGCUGGUUUUACUCACAAGUGUAUACUAACAUCAAGUGUAAUAUCUUAUUUAAUAAAGAGGUGGUUAUUGACCCUCGCUUUGUAGUAGAAAACAAACUGCACCGCAAUUACACACAGGGCGCUUUUACUCCGGAACACUGGAUUAAUAUCAUCUCUGAAAUUCGGUCAGAAGUACCAGAAAAGUAUCGAGCUUCAGUUGAACCUAUUUUACAGCAAUGGUUAACAAGUGAUGACUCAAAGGGGUUACUGGGCCAACAAACAUGCAAACGUGAUUUGUCUGUGCAUCCAUACAGACCUUACGAGAAUCUGCCUAAAAACAAAACUUUGGUCUAUACCAAAACUUGACUAUGUACAUGUACCAAGCAGUACUGACUUUUAUAGUGGUGAUGUAAUGUUUAUUGUUAAAUUGUAUUUAAUAUGCAUGCAUGGUUUCUUUUUACAGGAGGUCACAUUGUUUUCUAUGG